UAACUGAUACAUUUUGUCCCAACAUCAGCGCCGUAUAUCUUCCGUCACGUGGUCACCAGCGUUUCCUGUUACUAUUGUAUUACACUUCCAUGUUUUCGUCUCAAACAGCUACUGUAAUGUAAACUACAACGGAGAGAUCUCAACUCUUGUGUGAUCGGCCCCACAUAUAAAGUCAGUUUCAAGUCUGCCACGUCGCUAGAGCCGGCAGAGGUGCUGAUCCGGGGGACAAACAUGGCCAACUGUGUGGCUUUCCAGACCAAGUUAACCUCGAUCAUGGAGAUGCUAGCUAAAGCCGCCGUGUUAGAAAUCAGUAAACUGUGGGAGGACGGCUUCGCUCUCGUACAGGCCGAGCUCCGCCGGAGGGAGAGCGAAAUUGAAGCUCUGAACAGAAAGUUGAUGUUGUUGGAAAACGAGCAGCUGACGGGCCUGACUCAGGUUCAGACUUCAAACCUGUCCUCACCGUCUUCCUCCAGGAGAGAGCAGCAGAACAGGCUGCUGCCGCCCACCGGUGAUGGACCCGUUAUAGAUUCAGUCCAGACAUUAUCGUCUGAGCAGAGCGUCAGAGAGAAGACGGACACGUCAGCGAAUCACAGAACGUCUCCACCCGCUCAGUCAGAGGAGAAACAGAGUGAGCAGCUCAAGUCCGACUACUGUGAAAGCGACAGCAGAGACGACGAGGAUUUAAUAGUCAAGCUAGAGGACGAGGACGACGUUCAGAUCGUGGAGCAGAUAAUGGACUGUGAACACAGCGUUACCGAUGGAGCCGGUCAACACGACAUGGAGCUGAACCACCAACCCGCCGAAGCUGCGGAGGAACAAGAGAGCCAGCAGUGGUCGUCUGUUUCAGUGGGAGACAGCGACACCGCCGACGACUCGGACUGCUUUUUUGAACCGAAGCAGUUGUCGCAAAACCUGGACUCAGAAAUCCUGCUCAUUCAAAACGCUUUGGACAUUCUAGAUAAUUCAGCGGAGACGGCGUACUCUGACAGGUUCAUGAGGGAUAACGGUCAAGGUGCGUCAAGUAAACCGAGGGCUCCUGUGACUUUCAGCCAAGCUCAGCCAAGUCAACCUAUAGAAGCAAUAAAUCACCCAGAGAGAGGGGUGUCCAUCAGAUUCCUCUCAGAGAAACAACCACAGACUAAAAACAUGUCCACUUUCAACCCGGACAACAGAUUCUUUCUCUUAAACGACCCGGAGUUGCAUAAAACUAUAGCAAGUCGUCGCAUAAAGGAGAAGUGGUUCAUUUGCCCGUUCUGCGGCAAAAGCUUCGAUCGCGUCAGCCAUCUGGAGAUUCACCAGCGGAUUCACACGGGAGAGAAACCGUACACGUGCGAUACGUGCGGCAAGAGUUUUUCUCAGAGGAGUAACCUUCGCACUCACCAGCGGACUCACAAAGAGGUUUUAGCCCAAAACUCAGUUUGAUUCAUGAGAUUUUUAAAGAAAGAGGAAUGCUAGGAAUAGUUCUGUGGCAUUUAUGUUUAGACGAAUUAACAAAUUACUUUUGUACUUCAGUAUUACUGAAAAGUAAUGUAGCAGACUGAUUUUACUGUGUACUCCCGUUUUUGUUUUUUUUUUUUGAUAAAUCAUAACUUUGACAUAGAUUGGAUUUUAAACUGUUUGUUAAUCCAGUAAUUUAAGAGAUUUAUAAAAAACGUGUAGGGAUAUCCAGCCUCAGCAACACAGCUGAAUAUUGACUUCUAAAUGUUGUUACUCAAAAUUUGUUAUUUAAUAUUUGGCAGGUUGAUGUGUUGGAGAGAUCAUCACUGCAGACCCUUCUGAUAUCCCUGAGCGUUACCUAUGUUACGUUAUUUUCUGCACAUUCAUCAUUCAUUGUUACAUUAGUCAGUCGAUGCAGGUCUGCAUCUAAACAGACUCAAAAAAUUAAUCUUCUAACCAAUUUUCUUUCUCCUAAAGGAGAGAUUAUCAAGGAGAAAUCGUUACGAAAACACAACCGCAGCACUUAGAGAAAGAUACUGAAUCCACGUGUGUUGUUUUCAUAAAACUGUUGGAACAAGUUUGGUCACAAGUACAUUUUUCUAAUGUAAAUUGUGACUUUUUGCAAAGAACAGUCGUGUUUACUUUAGACUAAGAAAGACAGGAAAGCAAGAAAGGAAGCACUGACUCUUCUCAUCUUAGCAUUUGCUGUUUAGAUGUUUACAGGUCUGACAGGAUCCCCUGAUUAGACGAUACUUCUUGAACAUGUGUCUUUAUUCUUCAUCCAGAGCCCCCUCCAAGGCAUGCUGGGAGAUGAAGAUCUUCUUGUAGGUUAUGUUAGAUUAGCCUAAGGUCCCCUACAGCCUGAUUCACUUCCAUCUCAACUGUCCAGUCUGAGUGGAGAAGCACUGUCUUAAACACUUUCUUGCACAGAGUGAGAUGAGAAGAUGGAAAACACUCUUUACACUACACAUGAAUCUACAACCAGGAGACGGUUAGCUUAGCUUAGCUUAGCGACAGAAUGGAAACAGCUAGCCUGGCUCUUUCCAAAGGUUAACAAAUCCGCCUACUAGCAUUUCUAAAGCUCACCAAUUAACACAUUAUAUCCUGUUAAUAAUAAUCUAAUCUUGUAAAACAACUCAACAUAUUAAUAUUUCAGUUUUUGUAGGGAUGAAACAAACAGGAUAUAACGUGUUAAUAAGUGAGCUUUAGACAUGCUA